AUGUCAGAGCGAGUACUUUUAGGUCGUCUCCCGGGGGAACGUUCAAGUUCUGAGUACAAUUUAUCUUUCGCAGGUUGUGGUUUCUUGAGCGUUUAUUAUAUCGGGGUCAUAUCAUGUAUUAAGCGCUUUGCACCUCAUCUCUAUGACAAUCAGACUGUUUCUGGAGCUAGUGCAGGCGCACUUGCUGGUGCCUUUCUGAUUUGCGACGUUGAUCAAUUCUCCGUCGCGGAAUGUUUGAUGGAUGUUAUUAAUAGAUCGCGGGAAUACUGCCUUGGGGUGUUUGAUCCACGAUUUCAUAUCAUGCAAUACCUCAAAGAAUGUAUGGAUCGUCUUCUACCCCCUGACGCGCAUAUCCGAUGCUCUGGACGUCUCUUUAUAUCUAUGACACAUAAAAAAUCUGCAGAAAAUCGUGUCGUUGGUCAUUUUAAAACCCGAGAAGAUCUCAUCCGUGCAAUUCUUUGUUCAUCUUUCAUUCCAGUUUUCGGAGGUUUCAAUGCCCCUGAAUAUAAAGGCGAUUAUUUUAUUGAUGGCUGUUUUUCCGACAAUUUACCAAAUAAAAAUCAGCAUACGAUUACGAUUAGUCCAUUUUGUGGGGAUGCUGAUAUCUGUCCGCGGGAUGAUAUCUGGGAACCAAGUGAGCGAGCUACUGUCGCCGGGCAUAUUUAUCUUUCACAAACCAGCCUUAUUCUCAAUUGGACCAAUCUAAAACGUGCUAUCAAUAUCGUUGUACCGAUGUGCUCCGAAGAUCUUUGUGAGCUUGCUUGCAAUGGAUUCGACGAUACUCUACGAUUUCUUUUAAUUAGAGGUAUAAUUGCCUGCCCCAUUCACAGAGCUCCUUGCUUAAAUAACAAUCAUCAUCGUACAGGAGAGCUUGAAUCACUCCCAAUGCGGAAAGAGAUGACUAGAAUUACAAGUACGAAACUAUCCAAACGACUUAAGUCACUUUCUCUAUCACCCAUUCCAGAAGCUGUCUCUUCCCCUAUGAUAAAGGGAGGCUCAAGAAAUCUCCUAUGUGAACUCACGAAUCCCACGAACAAAAGCUUUUAUCACACCACAUUCGGUAGCCGAUCUCUGGCUGUGCCUGAAUGUGACUCCUGCAGAAUCGCUAUGCUUGAUUCUUAUAGCUCUCAACUACCCACUUAUCUUUAUGAUAUUAUAUCAAGCAAAGAUUAUGGAAACAGUCCAACGAAUCGUCAUGAACAGAAGGCGGAAGCCUCUUUGUGGUGGCCCUUUCCGAGGAUUUCAAUGAAAAUUUUACCUGAAUGUGUUUGUCCUUCCUCUCUGACGCACCAUCUUUUGACUCAAGUGCUCUCACUUCUUACUGCGUCAGUUAGUCUGCAAGUCUCAGCCGUUCAGUCUAUGAUUUCUACCUUUGUCGAAUUUAUCAGGAGCCUUCCAAAUUCAUCCACAUCAACUCUACAACCGAUAGUAAAUCUCUUGACCUCCUUUAAAGAAACUCUGGUAACUUUGGUAGUGAAGGGGACUGUGCGCUCUGAAAAACUGGCAACUAUUCUUCGUUUCAAUGAAGGUCUGAAUACAACCUUCAACUGCCUCAUUGGCAUGAUUCGUUCGAAUUUACUCGCUUUCGUGCCAUAG